AUGCCUGCGAUGGAGACUCCACGUCUUAGCAAGGGAUGGCGCUCUUUUUUCUUCAUCGUUUGCGGAGUGUACUCGCUAGGCUUUCUCCAAAGUUUUCCCUUUCUGACCGCCAUCCGCAUGCUUUCUCACUCGCAGGGGCCUGUACGUCACAGUCUGUCGCAGAUCUACCCGACUAACUGCCAUCGAGGGUCACAGUGGUUUCCGCGGGAGGCGCAUUGGGGAGGCCUGAGAAAGUUGGCAUCUUCAGAGGUACGAAGCUUUUCACAAUUUCUUGGCAUUCCUGAACAUGGGCUCAUCGGCCCUAGCAGUCGGCUUUACGGACCUUCGGCGUUCACAAAGCUGCGACUUGGUGGGAAUACGAGUGCGCCACGCCACCGUAGGUUGGAAGCCGCACGAAGAGGACAGGGUCCGCUUGAUCCUAGGAGGAGCAUUCGGAAGGUGCCCAAAAGAGCGAUUGAUAAGGCCUCUAGCAAUCCCUGUUCUGGAGCUGAGUCUCAGAAGAAUGCCGCUUUGGCACUGCGCCUAGCGGCCUUGAGAAAGGUUAAGGAGACCGAAGAGGCUAAAAGUGCCUUCCCUGUGGCCUUGCGUUUGCCGCAUCCUGAACUUGUUGCGGGAGUCACCUACCGCCGCCUCGGUUCCCCGCUGGCACAGCAGAUAGGGCGGCACGAGCCGCGGCAAAAGAGUGGACAUAAGGAGCAGUAUGAGCAGCAGCGAGUUCAGCAGGAUGGACCGCUAGUCAGCAGUCUAUGCGUAGGUACAUCUCUGAUUGGUGGCAACAUGAUGCAGGGGGACGAAGAAGCCUUCAAGAUGCUGUGCACAGCGUAUGAGGACUAUGGUAUUAAUUUCUACGAUGUAGGAGAGCUCGACCCACUGCCCCACGCCCCACAGCAUUGUGGCAGUGGCCACCGAGGGGUCUUGCGUAGAUUUUUUCGAAAGUAUAGGGGCCUUGGAGGUGGAAGAAGCGGAACGAGCAUUUCGGCUUCUCCUGACAAAGCUGCUGCGUCUUCCGCAACAGCAGCUACAUUUCCAGCUACAGCAGUUGCUGCUGAAGGGCAUUUGCGCGCAGAGGCCCAGCAACUGUGUGUCUCAGUGCGGCUACUUAGUGGCUCAUUGGGAGCCUUUGACUACGAGCGGCUUGCCCUUGAACGGAAGCGAAAAGAGGCGGUAGGGUGUGCUGCUGCUCAUGAGGCGGCCGAAGCUGGAGCUAGUGCUUCAGAAAUUGCUGCUGCUGCCGCUGCUGCGGUCAAAGCCGCCUCUCUAACGGUUGGGAGAGAAACAGAAGGCAGCAUCCGCUGGGCGAGACCCAUGGGCUGGUGGGCUCGGGAGCCAUAUGGGACUCAACAACUGACGGCGAGAGAUUUGGAAGCAGCAGUUGACAACAUGCUGAAUAGGCUGGGAAUUGACUGCAUCGACAUUCUCCAGCUGUCCGACCCUAACCGCUACGUACCCCGCCAGGAGCUCGGAGAAGAUACUUAUUGCUGGGGCCUAGAGAGGCCGGAUGCGGUACCCAUUGAAGAGCAGCUGGAAAUGCUUUCGGGCCUGAUGCAAAAGGGGAAGGUGCGCUAUAUAGGCGUCAGCAACGAAACGGCGUUUGGGAUUUUCAAGUGGGUUCAAGCUGCAGAGGAGAUGAGCUUGCCACGGAUCGUCUCCUCUCAGCACCUGUACAACAUAAUGCACCGCAACGAGUUAGAGACUUCAGGCAUCCCUGAGAUAGCUUCGAGGCUUGGUGUGCCUGUGCUCGCCUACGGGGCCCUUGCGGGAGGCAUUUUAACUGGGAAGUACCUCGACCCGGAGAGGUUUCACUCGAAAGGCCCCGAUGUGAGGCAGGGACAGGACGAGCUGGAAAGUGGCAUCGGAACCUACCGAUACAGGCAGCCGGAAGAUUUCGGUUACCUUUCGUACGGGCCGUCUACUGGGCGGGCAAACUUGUGGCCGUCUACUUACCAUACGCACAGGUCUGUUUGGGCCCAGUGGUUGAUGGGGGAGCUGGUAAAGGCAGGACGCGAAUACGGACUGACGGCAGCUCAACUCGCCCUUUGCUGGGUUUACUCCAGGCCCUUCGUUGCUUCCACCAUCAUCGUACCUAGGACAUUAGGCCAACUGCGGGAAAGCGUGCGGACGCAGAACUACGCCAUGCACAAUUCCCUGAGUCAGCACCUGCACGAGCUGUAUAUGCAUUACUCUGCCCCCACAAUGGGCGGCCCUCAGCUGCUGAGCCACUUGCCUGACCCAGAGUGCAAGGCGCAACCGCCCCUAUCUCAGUCUGACUUCAUGAAGUGGGGGAAGCAGCCCAUUUGGAGCGGCGGCACAUACUGGGACAACUGGCCGCAACCAGUUCUCGCGGAAAAGUUGGAAUAUUACGACAGACUGGAUUUGGCGCGCGAGGUUAAGGCUGCUGCUGGAGCCCUCGACGACCCUUCUGAUGAGGGAGUCAUUAAUGUGCGGCUGUGGAGAGAGAGGCUGGAUGAAGGCUUGCCCGGGGAGUACUUUGCGGUGAAGGAGCAAAAGCUGUUUGGUUGGGAUCAGCACACAGUGGAUGGAGGUAUGCUGAGAGAAAUGACGGCGAGUGAGAAGCAAGAGCAGCAUCAUUUCGACUGGCACCUGUGCUGGAAAGGCGGAAAGGUACAACGUGUACCAACGACGGAUUCUAUGAAGGCGUUCUACGGCAACUGGAAGGCUACAAGCGAAGUGAUUCACGACAACUUCAAGGCCUUCAAAGACCUGACUCUACACCGCGAACAAUUGGGAGAUCUUGUGCCCGAAUUGUGGAACCGAUGGGAUUACGACUUAAUUGCGAAGAGAUGCUACGAAAAACAUGGGAUUGACAUUUACGAACCGAAGUUGUGGGAUAAUCUUGAGCUUGGGGAGACAAGCAACACGCGAGCACAUCACGAACGCCUUGCCCAUACGCGUGCCUUUUGGUACUUCGAGCACGGUGGAUAUCCUAAUAAACCUUUAAGCCAGCAAACAGGCUCAGAUACAUAUCCCAAGUAG